UCGGAAAUUAUUGUUAAUAUUUUUUAACUCGACAUUGGCUCCAGAAAUGCAAGAUAUAAUGCAUUGGUAUGUGUUCAAUUGCAGAUGUAAAAGCGUGGCUCUACAAUUCAUCAGAUGUGGUUUCUCGUACCGUCACCGUCCUGAGAUCCAUAAUGCAACAUCAUAGGAAGAAGAAGGCGACCAGCAGGUCUUGGGCCCUCAGGAGUAGCAGGCAGAUUCGCUCACAAAGAUCACGCACGUCGUCAACCUUGAGCCCAAACAGCGCGAUUUCCCCAAUUUUUGAAGAGGAUGUCUGUGUGAAGGUACAGCGGCAGUGGACUCCAGCACUGGGCAUCAGACUGGCACUGAAGGCAGUGGGCAGCUUAUGCCAGGGCUGGAAAAGCACUUUUGCACAGGCAUGUGCUGGAUUCCUGAGUGCCGUGCUUUCUUGGCGGGAGCAGACACGUCAGAUGGACGUACUUCGGCAGCAGGUUGCGGAGUUGCAGGGAGAGAUGAACCUGCUGCGCUGCGCUCUGCAGGCCAACAGCAGGACAACUUCCUUGUGCUGCUGUCAGAAGCUGAGCUGCAACAGUCAAGUCCAGUUAUCUGCUCCUCUUGCAAAUGAUUGUGGAUCUACUGUGGAUCCCCUCCCAGUGUUUACACCUGUGGUACCACCCCUCCCACCUCCUCCACCACCGCCUCCACCUCCACCUGCCAUACCACAACAAAGACCUCUUCUGAUUGUUAAGAAGAGACCGGCUUCUCCAACCCUACAGAAGGAGAAGGGACAUCUAAUUGCAGUGACUGUCAGGGACCUCCAGACUGUGAAGCUGCGAAAAAUAACAGACCCCAUAGGCAAGCUGAACGUGUCUCCAAGUAAGAGUCGUGCUCCUCUGGUCACCGUAGAUGACCUACAGAAGGUUCGCCUUCGACGCUCCACCUCUGACCUUCCAUCCAAGCUGCACCUGAGCUUGGGCAGAACACCCAAAAAAAGUCCUAUGCGUUUGCGUAGCCAGCUGAAAAAAGUUCAGAUCGAAAGGAGUCCUGGGGGAACACCGCUAUUCAAUAAAGAGAACAAAGAGACUGGCACAGGCCUGACUCCAAUCAUGACUCAGGCCCUGCGGCGCAAAUUUCAGAACACUAUGGCAAGAAGUCCCUCACCAAAAUCCAACAGAAGCUUUGAUGAACACGACUGAUCUUAUUUCCUUUACUUCGGUUACAUUUUAAACAUAUUAAAAUAUGAUGCAUGUACCCUUGU